UCAUGGAGCAGCUUAGUGAGUGAUAGCUUUUCCGGAUACACCCACUCAUACUUCGAAAAUUGACAUGUGCGUCUUAUCAAUCGUGUGUAUGACGAUUUAUGUUUUGAUUUAAAGUUCCACGUAAAGGUGGAGUGACAGUGUGGAAUCAUGGCGGAUCCGUUGAGUUUGCUGCGGCAAUACAAUGUUAACAAAAAGGAGAUAAUCGAACGAGAAAAUCAAAUUAUUUUCGGGGAAUUCUCUUGGCCAAAGAACGUAAAGACCAACUACUUGACAUACGGAUCUGGCAAGGAAGGAACACCAAAGGAAUAUUAUACUCUCGAGUGCCUCUUAUUUUUACUCAAACAUGUGCAACUCACGCAUCCUGUGUAUGUACGCCAGGCAGCUGCCGAGAAUAUCCCAGUUGUGCGUCGACCUGAUAGAAAAGAUUUAUUGGCCUAUCUCAACGGCGAAACUGCUACGUCAGCCGCCAUAGACAAAUCCGCGCCACUGGAAAUUCCCACGCAAGUGAAACGAACUGCCGAGGAUGGCCUGGAGAGUGGAUCCUCGAAGAAACCACGUUUCGAGGAAACACAUGUUCAAAAGGUCAAAGAACAACUUGCAGCUAGGCUGGAUGCACCCAAGGAAGCUUCCGUCACAGUGGACAACAUCAAAUCUCUUUCAGAGGCAAUGUCAGUUGAAAAGAUUGCUGCUAUCAAGGCUAAACGUUUAGCUAAGAAACGUACCACGAUUAAAGAAAACGACGAUAUCGGAAUGGGAUCUGAUUUACGUGUUAUAUUGAUGGAUGUCGACGACACUAAGGAUAUAGUCUCUAGGGAAAGACAAUGGAGAACGCGUGCAACUAUACUGCAAAGCAGUGGAAAGAUAUUUGCGAAGAACAUAUUCGCGAUACUCCAGAGUAUUAAAGCCCGCGAGGAAGGUAGACAGAAAGGUCCCGCCGCUCCCACGCCGAUGGUUACACCGCGUUCUACACCUAUGCGCCCGUUACCUCAGCCAGCUGUUUACAAUCGUUACGAUCAGGAGAGAUUUAUUAGACAAUCGUCGGAGACGGAAGGAUUUAAAAUUGACACGAUGGGUACUUAUCACGGUAUGACUCUGAAAUCUGUAACGGAGGGCACCAAUCCAGCAGUCAGAAAACCACAGAGCAAUCCUUCGUCCACUCCCAGUUCCGGUUUGCUGCCGACUUCCGCUGCUAAACUUACUCCUCAGCAAGCUGCGCAGAACAAGCGGCCCAGCAGGACACCCAUCAUCAUCAUUCCGAGCGCGAAUACAUCGUUGAUUACAAUGUACAACGCGAAAGACAUACUUCAGGAUUUGAAGUAUCUCAGCAACGAGGAGAAACGUGCAUUGGGUACUAAACGUGAGAACGAAGUCCUCCUGCAACGUCGUAAGGAUGGUGGGCUUACAGUUCCAUACAGAGUAGUAGACAAUCCACAGAAACUCACAAACGCAGACUGGGAAAGGGUUGUCGCUGUGUUCGUAAUGGGUCCAGCUUGGCAAUUCAAGGGUUGGCCUUUCGAUGGCAAUCCUGUCGAAAUUUUCUCAAAAAUUUGCGCGUUUCACUUAAAAUACGAUGAAAUGAGGCUGGAUGCAAACGUAGCGCGUUGGGCGGUAACAGUAAUCGAACUGAGUCGGACAAAAAGACACUUGGACCGAGCUGCAUUAAUGGUAUUCUGGGAACACCUCGACAAACAUAUGAUCAAGAACAAACCACAUCUUCGAUUCUAAAUUGGAUUUCGUUUGGAACAACGACGAAUAUUGUGGUACGCACGGUUUUCCUCAAAGAGUGACGAUGAAUGUACAUACAUUUGAUGAAACUAUCAUCUCUGUACAUAUAUUUCUGUGAGACGCGAAAUGAUUGCGAACUUGGCAGCGAUUGCACCUGACGAAGGCUAAUUUCCAUACGUUCUUUCCAUGCGAAGGCGUACACGCAAGAGUGGCGGCGUACAUCGAACCUAGUUCACACGUGUAAACGUUGUUAAUCUGGAUCGUAAGAUUAAUACUUUUAUGUAACGUUUACAUAGUGUAUUUCUUAAUGGUAAUGGUUAUUCUAGCGCAAAACUGAUGUGCCUAUUGUUAAGCAAGUAACCAUUUAUUCUUAAAGACAGACGACGUAAAGAACGCAAUGUUUGGUAUAUUCGUAUCGUAUACGUACCAAAAAAAAAAGAAGUAAAAUUUAAUUCACGUCCUGUGAAACGUUUAUGAAAGAACCAAAUAAAGAUAAACGAUACAAAUUUAUUUACGUUACUC